CUGAACCAAGUGCAUUUAGGAUGUGCAUUGCUAAUUCACUGCAUUUGGGAAAAAAUAUAUAUACACAUGUAUAUCCAUAAAAGAAUGGAACAAAAGCAAUUUUUGUUCCUAAAUAAUUUGGAUGAUUUCUUCUAUUUAAGUCAAAUAUAUGAGAGUAUUUUAUAAAUUAGUUGAGCUACAGUUGCCAAACUUGGCUGCAUAUCUGAGCAGUCUGGAUGGGAAGCCUUUGCAACUGAUAUUGUCCUCAAGCAGCUGAUCGUCAGAGCAUUUCCUUCCCCUACCCAAACCAGCAAAAUGACCACAUCCAGCAGGCAGAGCUUUUCUAUGUCUGUGGUCAACAACCUGGCCAAAAUACUUGACCCAAACGCUGUGCAAGACCAAGGGCCUGAUAAUGGAAUGGAAUCCCUCCAAAUUCUUCAUGUUGCAAGUAGUGAUGUGAGCACAUCUGAAAGUUUUACCAUCAUGGAUAUGAAAUUUGCCUCCCUUGAACAGAAAAUAGACAAGCUUUUGGCUCUACAAGACAAUGUCCUUAAGAAGCUUAACAGCGUUUCCCAAGAAGUCUGUUGCAUUGAAAAAGACAUUGAGAGUGUAAAGGCAGAAACAUCUGAACCUGGAUCGAGAAUGGGAAGAAACAAAACUCGGAGGAGUAAUGAGAUGAAGAUGGUUUGCCUUAAAAUGGAAAAAUCUCUUUCUGUUAUAAACAGGAAUGCAAAGCAGCAGGUUAAAAGACUAGAUGGACUGGAACAAAGUGUUUCUGGAUUACAGAAGCUUUUAGGGUCUUUGAUUGAGAAUGUUAAAACAUUACUAAUUCAUGAUUCAAGUGUAAAAUACCAUGUUAAAAAACGUAAACUUUUCAAAGCAUGUGAUUAUAGAAAAGGAGCUGGACAACAUUUUAAGAUGCACGUAUUCUCGGAGACAACAGCUGAUGCCCUGCUCAAGAAGAAAAGAGAAAAGGUCAUCCAAGAAAAGUCACAUUUGAAUGAGACAGAAACAAAAGAAACUAAGCCACCAGAUUCAACAGAGGGGGCCAUCCAGAAGAGUCAGUCCUGCUCUCAAGAAGAAGACGUUGACAAGCUCAAUAAGGAAAAUGCUGAGAGGGAAAGUUCUGUUCUGCUUGAAAUCGAUCCUCCCAAAUUUCUUACUGAAGAGCUAGAGGAGAAAGAAGAAAGGAGAAGCUCUGUUCAGAUAUCCCUCACUACAGAAAAGCAGGAAGAAGAAGAUGCUGCUGACAAUGUUUGUCAAAGGAUAGCUGGGCAGGAGAUAGAGAAUGAGUCCCCAGCAGAUGAGGAGAGCAAGGAGGAACAUCAAGUGUCUGGAGACGAAAGACAAGAAGAGAGGGAGAAUGGAAGGGAGGGAGAUGCUGAUAAGAGUGAAAAAUAUGAUGAGGAACCACCAACUCCUUCUCAAAAUGAAAAUGAGGCAGGAGAAACCCAUGAUCAAGAGGAGGUACCAGAAGGAAGGUGUAAAGGCUGCGAAAAAGGUACAGGAUAUUAUAGUUCUCUCACUGAACAAAUCUGCCAGUUGGAGCAUGGAGAUAACAGUCCUACUCCACCAGCACCAUUUGAUCACCGGAUUGUCUCAGCCAAAAGGGUGGAGAUCAGCAAUUAUUAUAAUGUCAAUGAGAAUGAAAUCCUGGGAGGAGGGAGAUUUGGUCAAGUGCACCAAUGUGAAGAGAAGGCAACAGGUCUCAAGCUAGCAGCCAAAAUUAUAAAAGCCAAAGGUCCUAAACAGAAGGAUGAAGUAAAGAAUGAAAUCAAUAUAAUGAACCAGCUGAAUCAUGUGAAUCUCAUCCAGCUGUAUGAUGCCUUUGAAUCGAGAAAUAACAUUGUCCUAGUCAUGGAAUAUGUGGAAGGAGGAGAAUUAUUUGAACGAAUUAUUGAUGAAAACUACAACUUGACAGAGAUGGAUACUAUCUUAUUCAUCAAACAGAUCUGUGAGGGAAUUCAGUACAUGCACCAAAUGUACAUUCUUCAUUUGGAUCUCAAGCCUGAGAAUAUCCUGUGUGUGAACCGUGCAACAAAUAAAAUAAAAAUUAUUGAUUUUGGAUUGGCAAGAAGGUAUAAACCCAGGGAAAAACUUCGAGUUAACUUUGGGACUCCAGAAUUUCUUGCUCCUGAAGUUGUGAAUUAUGACUUCGUCUCCUUUCCUACAGACAUGUGGAGUGUAGGAGUCAUUACUUUUAUGCUCCUCAGUGGAUUGUCUCCAUUUUUGGGGGAUGAUGACAACGAGACCCUCAACAAUAUCCUGUCCUGUAGCUGGGAUUUUGAAGAUGAGGAAUUUCGAGAUGUUUCUGAUCAGGCCAAAGAUUUCAUCUCAAAGCUUCUCAUCAAGGAAAAAUGCUGGAGAAUAAGUGCAACUGCUGCCUUAAAACACCCAUGGUUGACAGACCACAGGCUCCACUGCAGACUCCAGAAGAACAUUAAAGGUGUCCCCCGAGCACCCCCAGCUAAAUAACCUCUCUGGAGGAGCUGCCAAACAGAAGAAAAGCUGCUGUGUGGUUACUGCUGCUAAGAGAUUUGAAAAUAUCAGCAGUCUUGGUGCUUUACCCCCCUGCCUUGACGGAGACUUCAACUAAAUGGACCAACAGCACUUUAGCUGCAGGACAAGUCCCAGCACUGCUGAGCUGCUUCUCCUCUAUUCAGCUGUUGAAAGAAGGAAAGUAUUUCUCCAGGUUGCAGGAAGGUCUUUAUUUUCUGGAGCACCACGUUCUCCAUGUCUGAGAAUGCUACAUUAGCUUGGAUUUAUAACGAACUUUCUCUAUCUUGUCUGACAUCCCCAUUUACUUAUCAAAGGCUCAUUAAGCUUCCAAUUAUCAGGUUAAAUUGACUGUUCCUCAUCUGAGUCUGGAAGGCAGUCUUUCACUAUGUUGUAUCUAUAGGCAAGGUUGAUUUGACACUGGAGUAAAAUAAUAAUAAAAAUGCAGCCAAUUUAAAGCUGCCUUAUGUGGAAGAUUUGAAGUUUGUUUUUCCUGUCACACUAAAAUGAGCUAAGGAUUAGCUCAACCAAAGCUAAAACCAUGUUAAUGUAACACCAGUGCAAGUGAAAAAUGAGGCUUUCCUUGCACGUAGGUGAAUUUGCUGCAAGUGUGAUAUGAUGCAUUUUAGGAUUUUUUAGCCUAAUGAAUUACUGUUCACUUUAAAUACACUUGGAUGAAUUAAACAAGAAAGAAAACAAGGCACUAUUUGCUUGUACCCAUGCAGACUCUCUUCUCCAAUAUGCAAGUAUAAUUCAGAGUUAUUUUAACAGAAUGAUUUUAUACCAGCUAAUUUGUUUAAUGCAAAUAAUGAUUAAGACCAUUGGCAAAGGAGUCAGUCCUCUGCUCAUUAUAACCUCCGUGUACAGGCCAUAAGAAAUUUUUCUGUUUUUCUAAAGUGUUCUUUUUUUUCUCUUGCUCCCAAGCCUUUCUGAUUCUGAACUAGAUAAAAAACUGGGCGUCAGAACAGCUGAAUUCUUUACCUGAGAUUGUUUGAGUAUGGCUUGUCAUUAAGUGACACAGCCUAGGCUGUGAGUUUACAAUAAUGAGACUUUUUCACUUCUGUAUAUGACUUUCUGACUGCUUGGUUUCAGAACUACAUAAAUGCAAAGUAUUUUGAGCAUUUUAUCAAUGAUGCUGACAUGUUGUGAUGCCUUCAGAUUUUCUUUGAUUAAUCCAGUUCUGAUCCAACUAGAUAUUAACAUAUCUAUCUCUAUAUAUCUAUCUAUAUAUUUUCAUAUGUAUUUUUAUUUAAAUUAUGUCUUUUAAAAAUGAGAUUAACAUAAAGACAAAACAGUAUUAUCCAUCACCACCCAAUGAAUUGUUUUUCAUGCCUUUGUCCUUUCUGGAUAGCGUUCGUAUUGAAUUAAAAGGGACCUAUUAAUGGGAUGGCCAUCACUUUCUCUACAGCCCAUUAGAUCAAAUGUUCUAAAGCCGUUGUAGCAGAACUCUUAAGAUUGCUCCUGUAAAUGAAUAGGACUUCUUACAGCUGUGAAAACUAAGAAAUACUGAUGUGCUGUACUACUUGUUGCAAAUACAUGAGACUCAUAGCACACAAUGACUCACCAUGUAAAUGUGAUACCACGUAGAUCACUGCCACUAUCAAAUCCUUAUCUGUAGUCUUAACUAAAGUAAACUUUUACUAGGAGAAAUAGAAGUUUCUUUGGGAAAAAAGAAAAAGUAAGCAGUCUCAAAGCAAGAAAAUAAGCAUAUGACUUUUAAAUAGAACCUUGGCUGCGUUUUUAGUCUCUGCUUAUGUUUGCCUGUGCAAAAUAAAUAGAAAAGCUACCUUUCUGUUUGGGCUGGAGUUCCCACUCCUGUGCUGACUGCCUUCAAGAUAUUGUAGAUUUUGUACAGUAAACAACUCAAUGAUCAGACUAAAAUGCAGCAGACCACUUUGGAAUGACAAGAUCUCAUUAGCACUUUAGUGCCAGUAUUGUAGGAUUGGGUUGGGAGUUUUGUUUUUCCUGUGGUAGAUUUACAUGGGUAUGAAUAAAGUGCAUGUAAUUUUGAAUCUUAUUAACUAGACUAAAGUAACAGUGUGACUACAGUCUUAUCUGCUUUGAUGCUCAGUUGAAAUAAGUAGAUCUACCAUUUGUGAAUAUAUACACCUGAGUAGUAAUUAAGGGCAUAGUGCCAUAAUGAUCAGCCCUGUGUUAGAGUGUGUUGCAGUGUGUCAGACACAAAUCUUCUAGGAGCUGUAGAACAUGGCCUCUGUUACACACAUCCACAGAGCUCUCUGUCAGUAAUUCCCGCACACAGGAAUUACUAGGGAGGGUGGAAGAAGUAGACAUACUUCACACACUUUGGGUGGCUAGGCUCUUUGGCAUGAGUUGAGGAGGGCCUUGCUAGCCCCUUGCUUGUGCAACAGGGCAGUGUAUUCAUAUACUCAAAGGGUUGAAUUUUCAUUCUUACUAACACAGAUAGUGAUGGCCACAGCCUUGAGUCUUAUCUGUAAAUUAUCCCACUGUUUCAUCCUUGGAGCAGCUCUUGUAGUGGGUGAUGAAAUUGAAGUGGGGACAGUUGGAGUAGGUUGGACUAAGAGAGCCUCUACAGUGACUGAAGAUGCCUUUUGAUGCCCAGAGUUCAGCACAAGUGUGGGCCUCCUCUUUCCUCCUGGCAGAGGAGGAAAAAAUUCCAAGUGUACUUCUUGUUACUGUCCCAUAGACUCUAGAUCUGCAGUGCUGAGUCAGAAGGGAGGCACUGAGGUCAUUGUCAUUAUUAAGUAUAAAAAAAUUAUACUGCUGUGGAAUUAUCACUAGGUUGUGUCGCAGUGUGCCUGAGAAAAAUGUCUCCAGGGAUGUUUGAAUGUAUCUUUUCUGGCUGCUGUGCUUUCUUUUAAAUAAUAACUUGACACAGCUUCUUUUUUUAGUGGCUUUCUAAUUCUGUCUCAUUAAACUUCACACAGUGUGCUGUUUUGUGUGUGUGUGUGUGUGUGUGUGUGCAAGUUUGGGUUUGGUUCUCUUUUCCUUAAAUAUGUUCUGUAAUGAAUAAUAGCUAGAGAAUGCUAUGUUCAAUUAUUUGUUUUGACACAGCAUUAUUUAAUUUCUACUAGGUAGUAGUAAGUUGACUAGGUUCUAAUAAUUCAGCUGCAUCUCUGUGAGUUUGCUUGUUACAAUUUUUGUUGCUUCCUGGUUGAUGUGAUUUAAUUUGGAAACUGUGAAUAACUGUGCUUGUGAUCAGGUUUAGGUGUGAAAUGCACUGUACUAGCUGCUGUACUCCACUUAACUGUGUACCCACAGACAGUCAGAGGUGGCUGCAGGUACUACAAGAGUGACAUAGAAACAUCCAUCGUGGAGAAAGGGAUAAAGUGUCAAGAUGCAGUAUUUUAUCUGUGUACACACCAUUUUAUUCUUCUUGACAUCUAAAAAUGAAAGGCCGUAUAAUGGGAACACAGUGCUUUGUACUAGGUGAUGAUCGGACCCUCACUUUUGCAUACAGAUUCCCUGCUGGACUUGAAAAAGGCAGAGAGGGGGCUUUCUGUUUGGAAAGGCAGGUUUAGCAGGAAUGUUAAAUAGGGUUUUGCCUGCAGGCAUGACCUCCAGGAAGUCACUGGAAGCUGAAGACACUCUGUAAUUGACAGAUUUUCUCCUGGUCUCAUAAAUAACUGCACACAGAAAAGCAUGACUUGACUUGUCAGGCACUGAAAGACAGCUCUUACCUGGCACUGAAAAGAAUUAGGAUGCUGCUAUUUCCUUUUUCAUAGGUGCAGUGGAGAGAUCAAGCUAGAUAAAAACUCCAAGAGUGUUGCCCAAGAUACACCAGGGUAUUAACAUUAGCAUCAGGAUUAGAAGCAAAUUUACUGGGUCAAGGUGGAACACUAAGGGAUUUCCAGCUCUUUUUACAUAUUGAACACCUGGAGGCUAUGAAAUGUGUAAAAAUCUCUACUACAGAAUGAUGUCUGUACUAUCCUAUCCAUGUUUGUGAGCACCUGCAGCCAAUUGCUCCUCUGAGUCCCCUCACAGCAUAAACAAUUGGCAAUCUGUGAUAAUCCGUUUUGGAGAUGACAGCAGAAGCUACCUCUUAAUUUGUUUUUUAUAUUCCUUCUGAUUUCAGAAGCUGAAUAAAGUUAAAACCUAAGUUAAGUUCUGCUAUAACUUGAUUCCAACCAGGAAUAACAGUGCAGCUCCACAGAAUUAGAAGAGGGAAGUGCUUGGUCCACCUUUUGUGUGAUGUGAGAAGCACAGAAGCUCAGUUUAACCUUCCCCCUAACCCCCCAAAAAAUUAAAAGUCUAUUUUGCACCAGUCUCAACCAGUAAGAAUAUAAAAAGAACCUUAAUUUCUUAACAGCUAAAGAAUACCAAUCAAGAUACAAGGUUUUUUUUUUUCUGCAGUGGCUAACUUGCUGCAGUAAGAAUCAAGGUAGGGUCCCUUGGCCCCACCAAUGAGCAGGGCAAUUCUUAGCUUGUGGAUGCUUAAUAUGUGAUAACGAUUGCAAUUUUGCUUAGUGUCAAACCCACAGCAGAGAUGAACGAACACUGAUGCUCCCAACUCCUUCCAGGAGGAUGCUGCAUCUUCAAGUACUGCUUUUAUUGUCACUAGAUACUUGUCCUUGUGUCUUGUUCGAAUAAAACUAAACACUGCAUUAAUCCAUUUAGGAACGUUAGACUGUUUCACCUUCCAUGAAGGCUUGGUAGCUGAACAACUACUUACCUGUUUCAAAUCUUAGAUGAAGAGUGGUAGAGAUAACACUUUGUAAAUAUAUUGUUUAGUUAUGUCCAUAGAGUUAGUGAUCACAUUUUGGUGUGGCAGAACUAAUGUCUGUGUAUCCCACAGCAACCUCUCUUGAAUCUAGAUGAUAGGCAUGUGCCAACUAAAUUAUGUAGCACGUGGAUUUUCAUGUACCAUACUGCUUUGGUUUGCGUAUCUGGUUUUGUAGAUUAAAUCAUUUAUCUCUGGUAUGUGUUCUUUUGUGAAGCACAUGAAGCAAUCUUGUAAAAAGAUGACUUAAGGAAUAAAUGCUGAUUUUGUUUA